GUAUUUAUAGAGAGAGAGAGAGAGAGGGAGAGAGAGAAAGAGAGGGAGAGAGAGGGAGAAGGAAACCAGACACAAAAAGAGACAAAGAGGAGGAGAGGGCGAGCCAGAGACGAUGCUGAGGAGGAAGAGAAGCGUUUCAUUCGGAGGGUUUGGAUGGAUUGAUAAAGCCACUGUCACUGCUUUGAGAGCUCGUAAACAGGAGCUCCUCACCAUUUCCAAUGUGCCCGUUUCAGACUGCCCCCCCUCUCCCCCUCGAACCGCACCCCCCACCAUGAAGUCGGCUCAUUUCUUCGACACGAUGGAUAAAAUGGAGCAGGUGCCAGAGGCUGCAGAGAUGAAGACAGUUCCUCCGAGACAGAAGGAUGACUACAUUCCUUAUCCGAGGAUCGAGGAGGUGUUGCAGCGAGGCGGACCGUACCCUCAGGUCAUCCUACCUGAGUUCGGAGGUUACUGGAUUGAGGAUCCUGAAGCUCCGCCUCCAUCUGCUCCUCCGCCUUCCUCACAGGAAAUAAAAGAGGAGGAGGAGGACAAAGAUACAGCCCCAGGGGAUUAUGGGUAUCAUCUGGAGGAGAUCAACGAGGCUGCACGGGCGUACAGGAAGCACUUCUUAGGCAGGGAGCAUUUAAACUUCUCUUGCUCGGCGAGCAGUUUGGGAAACCUGCUGUUAUCUGUGAGACAUGAGGAGGACAAAGAGCAUGAGCACCUUCACGUCAUCAUCAGGUCUCGAGUGAAGACCGUCUACCACAGACUGUCUCUGUCUGAUCUGCCUGAAAUCCCCAGCGUACCAGAACUGGCCAAGCUGCUGUGUGAUGAAGCAGCAGGUCUACGUUUCAGCCCCGUCCUCUACCCGAAGGCGUCUCAUUUGAUUGUAAACUACGACGAACACGAGGUGAACAACACCUUCAAGUUUGGAGUCAUUUAUCAGCGAUUUGGACAGGUGUCUGAGGAGGAGCUGUUCCAGAACAACGAGGAGACUCCAGCCUUCACAGAGUUCCUUCAGCUGCUCGGAGACACAGUGGAGCUGCAGGACUUUAAAGGGUUUCGUGGAGGUCUGGAUGUGUCUCACGGUCAGACGGGGUCUCAGUCUGUCUACACGAUCCACCGACAGCAGGAGGUCAUGUUCCACGUCUCCACUAAACUGCCUUUCACUGAGGGAGAUGCACAGCAGCUCCAGAGGAAACGUCACAUAGGAAAUGACAUCGUAGCGGUGGUGUUUCAGGAAGAGGCCACGCCCUUUGUCCCUGACAUGAUUGCCUCCAACUUCCUCCACGCGUUCAUCCUGGUUCAGGUGGAGGAGCCCUGCAGCGACACCACCUCCUACAAGGUGUCCGUCACCGCCAGAGAGGACGUCCCUCCUUUUGGUCCGCCCCUCCCAAACCCAGCUGUGUUUAAGAAGGGUCCAGAGUUCAGAGAGUUUCUUCUCACUAAACUCCUCAACGCAGAACUCGCCUGUUAUAAAAGCGACCGCUUUGCCCGAUUGGAGGAGCGAACCCGGGCUGCUCUGUUGGACACCCUCCAUGACGAGCUGCAGAGACGCUCCCACACCAUGCUGGGAUUAACAUAUGGUUUGGAUGAGGAGGGGCGGGGUGAGAACGGACACGCCCAUGGAGGACUGCUGGAGUCCAUCAAGAGGGCAAUGCGGGGGCGGAGCGUCUCCAUGGAGACCAUGUCAAGGGGAGGGGCAGGUCUACCCACCAGUCUGAGUGGAGGUGGACUGGCACACAUCAGCGCUGAGUAUAAUGUUAAAUCUCCAGUGAAGAGGCGUUCAGGAAUUUUUCCUCGUUUACUGAGCGUUGACAGUCAAACAGAGAAACACAAUCACAGAAGCCUCCUCAGUGAGCAGAGGAGCUUCGACGGCUGCCAUCCAACACUGGAGGUGAGGCCAGAGGAGCCGUCCAAUCCCAGCUCACCAGAGGCGGGACAAAGGAACAGGAUCCUCAUGAAGAAGGAGAGCAGUAAGAUUUCCAGGUCGACGUCGAGCACCUGCAGCUUUGGCGUCUCCGCAGACGACUCACACCUGCUCGCCCAGACUGUGACUGUGGAAAGUCAAAGUUCAAGUCCGCUCAUCGUCUGUCGCAGUCCCACAGAGUUGAAAAAAUAAAAACUCUCCCAGAACCAACCUCAAGUUUCGUUUCGAUAAACUGAGCCACUCGGCUGCACAGGGACACUGAAGUCCAUCCACACAGAAAACCCAUGACAAACACGUCAAACUGGAGACACUGAUGGACACUGAGGACCCUCGUGGAUGUCUUACGUUAAAGGAUCAGUCCAUUGAUUUUCUGUUCUUUAGUGACGUGUACAGUCAAACAGCUGCAGUCAGUUCAUCCUAUGCAGAGCUCUAGGUUCAUCUAAACCCUGAUUUAUCUCCUUAAUCUGUGCUGUAGAGACAGUGUUGACUGAAAUACAUUAAAAACACAUUCACUGAGCCUUGUUGUUGCAGCAGGUGACAAGUUUGUUCUUCAUGAAACAGAAGGAAACGCUAGUUAUUUAACUAAGCAGCUCCGAGGGCUGAUCAAGACCAUCACUUUUUCUAGUGGAGAUGAGUUCCUCUGCAGACUGCACAGAUGGUGCCAAGUGAUGUUCAUUAUCAGACUCCUCUGAGUUUUAAUCUCCACAUGACUCCACAGUGGAAGAGAUUAAACCUCAGCAAAGUGACUUAGACAGAAAUGUAAUUUGGUUCAUCCUGAGAUACUCAGAGAAGUAGUUCAUACUCUUAAUGUAUGUGGUAUUAAAACUAGUGCUGUCAAACGAUUUAAAUUUUUAAUCAGAUUAAUCACAGGGUCACUGUGGAUUAAUUUCGAUUAAUCAGUAUUAAAUAUU